CAAUAACAAGGAUUUCAAAAAUCGAUAUUGUGUCACCAGCGUGUCACACAUUCCCCCCACCGGUUGUGCAGUUUCCCGUGCAGGUUCAACUUCUUUUCAUCCGUGCUUUCAUUGCAUUGGGGGGGACAAACAAGGUGACAGCACGUGAUCUGGCCAGCUGUUGCUGCAUGCUGCCGGGAGGAAGAAGAGGGAAGCAGGAAGAGGAGGGAGACACGCACGCACGCCCGUAUGCACGGGGGGGAUCUGAUGCGAGGCGGCAGCUCACGCCUUCACCGAAUUCAGCACAACUCCAUUGAAAUUGCUCACCUCUCCUCACUGCGCACACGAGACGAUAUACGGAAGCUCGACUGCGGUAAAGCAACCCUGCAGGUGGACGCAACCCGACGCCGUGGAAAUGAUGGCGAAAUUAAAAAGCCACAUCGAGCGCGUCAAGUCGGGACACGCGGAGGAACCGCGUCGCUUUUAGAAAGGCGACCAAAGCCGCUCGUACUCGUCCGUGCGUGUUCACCUCCACACGGAGGCGAGAUGUCCUUCACAAAUGGGAUAGAUGCGCACGUCUGAUCGUUGCCAUGGAUACCAGCACGCGAAAAUUCACCGUGAAGAGAUGGUUUUCCAUCUACCUGAAGAACAAGGCCGCCCGGAGCAAGAACGCGACGGGAUUCUGUCAGCUGGAGGAUGACAGCAUACUCAAGGAGAUUGACAUCAGCCACCAUGUGAAAGAAGGCUUUGAGAAAGCUGACCCCUCUCAGUUCCAGCUGCUGAAGGUGCUUGGCCAGGGAUCGUAUGGAAAGGUGUUUCUGGUGAGAAAGAUCCGAGGCGUGGACAGAGGACAACUGUAUGCAAUGAAAGUCCUAAAGAAAGCCACACUUAAAGUCCGGGACCGUGUGCGAUCCAAGAUGGAAAGAGACAUUUUGGCAGAGGUCAACCACCCAUUUAUAGUGAAACUACACUAUGCCUUCCAGACAGAAGGGAAGCUCUAUCUAAUCCUCGACUUUCUCCGAGGGGGGGACCUUUUCACUCGUCUGUCGAAAGAGGUGAUGUUUACGGAAGAGGAUGUCAAGUUUUACCUGGCAGAGUUGGCUUUGGCAUUGGACCACUUACACAGUUUGGGAAUCAUCUACAGGGACCUCAAACCUGAAAACAUUCUCCUGGAUGAAGAAGGACAUAUAAAGAUAACUGAUUUCGGCUUGAGUAAGGAAGCCAUCGAUCAUGAUAAAAGAGCAUAUUCCUUCUGUGGAACCAUCGAGUAUAUGGCUCCAGAGGUGGUCAACAGGAGGGGGCAUACACAAAGUGCAGACUGGUGGUCGUUUGGGGUACUAAUGUUUGAGAUGCUGACAGGGUCCUUACCGUUCCAAGGAAAAGACCGGAAAGAAACAAUGGCUCUUAUUCUAAAGGCCAAAUUGGGGAUGCCACAGUUCCUUAGUCCUGAGGUGCAGAGUUUAUUAAGAGCACUCUUCAAGAGGAACCCUGCUAACCGUCUAGGUGCAGGCCAAGAUGGAGUGGAUGAAAUAAAAAGUCAUCGUUUCUUUGCGUCGAUCCACUGGAAUAAGUUGUACAGGAAGGAAGUUAGGCCGCCGUUCAAACCAACAGUUGGAAGACCCGAGGACACGUUUCACUUCGACCCAGAGUUCACCUCCAGAACACCUACUGACUCUCCUGGCAUCCCACCCAGUGCAAACACACACCAGCUGUUCCGUGGCUUCAGUUUUGUUGCCACUAAUCAAAGUCAGGAGCCAAGUGUGGCCAACAUUUUGCCUUCCCACCAGGAGGGAAAUACCAUUAAUCCUAUCGCACAGCAUCUCCGUGGCGAUGUGGCCUUCAAUGACAUUUAUGACCUGAAGGAGGAAGUUGGCCAGGCAGCCAACUCAGUCUACCGGAGGUGUCUUCAUAGAGUGACUGCAGUGGAAUAUUCAGUGAAGAUUAUUGACAAAGGAAGAAAAGAUCCAUCUGAAGAGAUGGAGAUUCUAUUAAGAUAUGGACAGCAUCCCAAUAUCAACAUGUUAAAAGACGUGUUUGAUGAUGGCCGUUGCGUAUACCUGGUUCAGAAUUUGUUGAGAGGAGGUGAGCUGCUCGACAGAGUGUUGACCAUGCCAAAUUUCAUAGAGAAAGAUGCAUCCGAUAUCAUCUGCACACUGACCAAGACUGUGGAGUAUUUGCAUUCCCAGGGGGUCGUGCAUCGGGACUUGAAACCCAGCAACAUUCGCUACGCUGAUGACAGAGGACUCCCAGAAUGCCUCAGGAUAUGUGAUUUUGGUUUCGCCAAACAGCUGAGGGCUGAAAAUGGCUUACUGAUGACUCCAUGUUACACAGCAACGUUCAUGGCACCGGAGGUUCUAAAGAAGCAGGGUUACGAUGCUGCAUGUGACAUUUGGAGCUUGGGAAUCCUGCUGUACACCAUGAUUGCCGGUUUCAGUCCAUUUGCCAGCAGUCCCGAAGACUCAGCGGAGGAAAUUCUGGCUCAAAUUGGCUGCGGCAAAUUCAUCAUCAGUGGAGGGAACUGGGACCUGGUGUCAGACGCUGCCAAGGACAUUGUGACUAAGAUGCUCCAUGUAGACCCCCAUCAGCGCCUGACUGCCCCCCAGGUCCUUCGCCAUCCCUGGAUUGUUGGGCGAGAUCAGCUCUCUGAUCGAGUCCUCGCCAGACAAGACAUGCUCACUGUCAAGGGGGCGCUGUCUGCCACCUAUUCGGCCUUGAGGCGCUGUACUCCAGCACCGGUCCUCGAACCUGUUCAGUCCUCAAACUUGGCCCAGCGGAGAGAAAUGAAGAAAGUUGGGAGUCCAGUCAUUAAUUCACACCUUAAAGAAAAAGGGGUAGAAAAGGCUCACUGAUCAUGUUUAUAAUAAACUAGAAUAACUCUCUUUCACGCUGGAAUCUGGAAUUAGAUAGCUAAAAUUCUGGUUCCGAAUACAAAGUUGCAGUGGCCUUUGUCAAAUGCACCGAUUUAAUCUCGGUUGCCAUUAAAAAAAAAGACACACUGGGUUCCUUGUUUGGUACAAAUGCAGAAACUAAUGAGAUCCUCUGCGCUGCAUCAUACUGAGAGGUGUUUCGGAUAUUUUACAGUUACACCAAACUGUAUGAGAGUGAGAGAAAUUAUGGAGGAUUUCAUCACAUAAUUUGAACCUUUUGUGAAAGUACUAACAGUUUCCAAUGCAUUUCUCAUCAUUCAGACCAACUGACAAUGACGGGUUGAAGAAUCCAAGUCGUGGUUUAAUAACUGGUAUUUGGUAUUUAUCCUGUAGUGAGAUGCAGCUUUUUCUUCAUACAUAUUCAGAUUCAGCAGCAAACCUGAUCCGGGUAGGCAAAAUCAAAAAAAAGUACUCAACUUUAUUCUUCCUUACUCAUUUAAAUCCACAAUCUUUGCUUCGUUAAAUGUAAAUAUCAUGCCGAAGUGCACUGAAUUAAUGGCACCAGUGCAGUUAUAACAAACUCAAAUCAUUUGAUGGCGUGUGGUUGUCCUCCUUUUGCUGCAUCUUAGGAUGCUUACAAAAUAAAAAGUAGUACAAAGUAGCCGAUACUGUCUAUGGACCAGUUAGCUGUGAAGAUAUUACAGUAAACCAAAUGUGUCGUGUUCCUUUAUGACAUUGUUAUUUGGCUUACAAGUAGGCAUAGUCAGCAUGGCCCUACAGUGAAUUCCACACCAAUAGCAAACGUUUUUUAAUAAUGACUAAACCUACAAUUAUUCCAUUUGUGAUCAACUAUAACUGCCAUCUCGGCUUCUGUUUGCUCAUAGCUUUUGAAAACCCAAACAAUUGUGUCCGAGGUUUCUAUAUAAACUGCUAAUUGCUGCAACACUGAGUGUAAAUAAUACGUUAAUGCAAUCACACACACACACACCAAAAAAAACGAGGUAAGACCGAAUCUGUCUUUGCAGAUAUGAGUAGCGCCCUUUACUGUGAAAUGUUUCAGGAGAAAUCGGCACAAGAACAAUAUUUUCAUAUGUACUGUAACCAAUUAGUAGUUGAUAGAGCAAUGCUGUAAACAUACGGUAUUUGCAUUAUUUCAAUGAAAUAAUGUCAUUAGGUACACCUGCACAAUCUAAUAAGACCCCACAAAAAAGAGGUGGACUAAAAAUUUGCAUUUUACAAAGACAAUUCCGAUAAUAUCAAUUGACACUGUUAUAGAGGUAUUAUUUGAACAAUAUAUUGUUGUGCUAAACUCCAAUACAAUGAUAAAAAAUGAAAUGUCGAACACUUUUAUGUCAUCAGUACAUCGUUUGGUUUUGAUGUCAUUAGACUGUGCCAAGUGUACCAUACGCACCCACUAAGUGAUUAAUCUGGAUGCAUCAGUUUGCACUGCACAGUUGAGUCAAGGAGCAUGAAGCCACUUAUGACUGAUAUCUUGCUAUAUUUCAUUGGGCAAAACACGCUUGAGAUGAUGCUGUAAAUAUUGUUCGUUCAUUUUAUUGCGCCGAAUCACCUGGACGAGGUCGGCUUGUGUAUAAUGUAAUGUAUAGCAAGGAGUAAGUAUUGAGACUGUAAAUAUUGCGCAUGGAGACAUAUUAUAUUGUAUCAUUCAUCCAUUUAUGGGUGUAGAUAUUGUCUAUACCUGGCUAAUCAUUUCAAUGGUUGGUCAUUAUGCCAAAGUUUUCCAAAUAAAUGACGAGCUUGCAAACA